AUUCAACGGGUGAACACAUUAGUAGAUUACGCAUUAGGUAGCUAGGUUAUUUCAUGGUGAAGUUCACUUGUUGACUAUUUCAAUUACCUACCUAGUACUCACUACCUACUGAAGUUUUCAUUUUAUUGGGUAUUUAAAUCAUAAAUCUCAUUGGUUAAUGAAAAUGAAUUAUUCCAAAAUAUUUUUUCUGUGUAUAUUCAGUUGUGUUAGUAACCUACCAUCGGUUUAUCUGAAAUCUGAAUCAGUUAAUUUUCAAUCAUUUCUGGGCGAUUAUAAGGCACUAAAAGACACAUCGGACCCAAUAAAUAUCAAUACCUCAAAGGUUAAAAAAGUUACUACACCGUCGCCAUUCACCAUACAUGGAGUAUUUUUUGAUAUUGUGAAAGUCAUCAAUGAUGGAGAAUCUGUUCGACUAAUUAGUCCAGCCUCCCAUUCUUACGUCACUGGAGGUGUUCUUGGAGAUGAGGAUGAAUACCAAUUCUACGACAAACAUUUUCUUUGGGCCAGCGAUACAAAUGAAGUUGCUGGGACAACUGUUGAUGGACAAGGGUGUCCUUUGAAUGAUAGAGCUCUGUUUUUUAACAAAAAAUAUAAAACCUACAAAGAUGCGUUAGGCAAACCAGAUGGCGUAGUGGUAGUUGUUUUCCAGAUAAAUGCUUGCCCUGAUGGAGUUACAAACUAUUUGUACAUACCUUUCGCAUACGCAUUAAAAAAAGUACAAAACGCUGUAUCAUAUACAUUCUCCUUACUUGGAUUUGCCAUCGGAUGGUUUGCCUUAAUUAUCCCUUAUGACACCACUUAUUACGCAUAUCCGGGAUCAUAUGUUGAUGAAACAGGCAAGCAAUAUAACAAUAUACCAGUCAUUGUUAUAAAUCAUCUGCCUGACAUGUGCAUGUCAAAAAAACAGUACGCAAAUACCUUUGGAUCAUUCAAAGAUUCUGCAGGACACCCUUUAACAAAGGUAUCGCCUCAAUUUCCUGUUAAAGGACGACCAAUUUUGCAAUUACAAGGCAUCAAGAAUAUCGACGUUCUGUUCUAAUGUUUCAUGCGAUGAAUUCUGAAAUUUCGUUUGAAACAUUAUGUAUUCGUAUACAUAUAGCCAAUGUAUUUUAAUGCUUCUUAAAGUUGGUUUUAAAUAUUUUGCGUGAAAUUUAAUGAUUUUAAUAAACCAAUGGGCAUCUGUUUUCUUUCA